GCUUCAAUAUUUUCAAAUAAACACAUGGCAUUAUCUUACUUUUGUAGGAAGACGAAAAAUUUCUGACAGAAUUGUUUGCACAAUUAACAGAUGAAGCCACAGAUGAGGAGAAAAGACAAGAAUUGGUAAACUUUCUCAAAGAGUUCUGUGCAUUUUCUCAAACAUUACAACCUCAAAACAGAGAUGCUUUUUUCAAAACAUUGUCUAAUAUGGGUAUACUGCCAGCACUAGAAGUCAUCCUAGGUAUGGAUGAUGCACAAGUGCGAAGUGCAGCUACUGAUAUAUUCUCAUAUUUGGUUGAGUACAAUCCAUCCAUGGUGCGAGAGUUUGUUAUGCAGGAAGCUCAACAAAAUGAUGAUGAUAUUUUACUCAUUAACCUCAUCAUAGAACACAUGAUUUGUGAUACAGAUCCUGAACUUGGAGGGGCAGUCCAACUCAUGGGUCUCCUUCGUACUUUAGUUGAUCCAGAAAACAUGCUGGCCACAGCCAAUAAAACUGAAAAGACAGAAUUCCUGGGUUUCUUCUAUAAACAUUGUAUGCAUGUUCUCACAGCUCCCUUACUGGCUAAUACAACAGAGGAGAAGCCUAGCAAAGAUGAUUUUCAGACAGCCCAGCUCUUGGCAUUAAUAUUGGAAUUGCUAACAUUCUGUGUAGAACAUCAUACGUAUCACAUAAAGAACUAUAUUAUUAACAAGGAUAUCCUACGGAGAGUACUAGUUCUCAUGGCCUCAAAGCAUGCUUUCUUGGCAUUAUGUGCCCUUCGUUUUAAGAGAAAGAUAAUUGGGUUGAAGGAUGAAUUCUAUAACCGCUAUAUAAUGAAAAGCUUUUUGUUUGAACCUGUGGUCAAAGCAUUUCUCAACAAUGGAUCCCGCUAUAAUCUGAUGAACUCUGCUAUAAUAGAGAUGUUUGAAUUUAUUAGGGUGGAAGAUAUAAAAUCAUUAACCGCUCAUGUAAUUGAGAAUUACUGGAAAGCACUGGAAGAUGUAGAUUAUGUGCAGACAUUCAAAGGAUUGAAGCUACGAUUUGAACAACAAAGGGAAAGGCAAGAUAAUCCCAAACUUGAUAGCAUGCGCUCCAUCUUGAGAAAUCAUAGAUACCGCAGAGAUGCGAGAACCCUAGAGGAUGAGGAGGAAAUGUGGUUUAAUAGUGAUGAAGAUGAUAUGGAAGAUGGCGAAGCAGUGGUGCCCCCCUCUGACAAAACUAAAAAUGAUGAAGACAUUAUGGACCCUAUUAGUAAAUUCAUGGAAAGGAAAAAAUUGAAAGAGAGUGAAGAAAAGGAGGUCCUUCUGAAAACUAAUCUUACAGGUCGUCAGAGCCCAAGUUUCAAACUUUCCUUCUCUAGUGGUACAAAAACUAACCUUACUAGCCAGUCAUCUGCAAGUAACUUGUCUGGCUCUCCAGGAUCGCCAGGAUCUCCAGGAUCACCGGGAUCAGUUUCUAAAAGCACAUCUCAGAUUGCAGCUAUUACUACCAAGGGAGGUCUAGUGGGGCUUGUAGAUUAUCCUGAUGAUGAUGAAGAGGAUGAUGAAGAUGAAGAUAAGGAAGAAACUAUACCUUUGUCAAAGAAAGCAAAACUUGAGUCGUCAUAAUGGCAACCAUCUAAUAUCAAUUUCAGUUGAGGAAGGAAAAAAAAACUACUAAUUUUUCAAAUUAAAAAUAAUAAUACACAACAAAGCGGCAAUCUUUUGUGAAUUACUGUGUGUGACACAGAUCAGCCUAUACAAAUGGAUUUCUGCUAAUCAAGUGCCAAUUCAAAGGAGCAGAAGAAGGGGAAAAUAUUACAUUUAGGGGGAAGACUUAUGCCUUUGAGCUCUCCAGCUUGGACCACACAUUGCCCUUUUCUCAGGGAAGGAAAUGGAAAAAAUAAAAAGCCAACAGGGCAGGAGUUGUGUUCAUGGAACUCUGGAUUGGCUGGUCAGUUACUACAAUCAGAAUAUGCUUUCUUGGACAAUGUAUGAGACUUUUGAAGAAAAGGCUGUCUUGCCAUAACUCUUCACUAAGAAUGCCAGCAGUUUCUUUGUAUAAAGAGACCUGCCUUUUGAAAUCAUACAUUCUGAACAUUUUAGUCAAGCUGCAACAGGUUUUAAAAACCUCUAUGUGGGAGGGCCUGAAUAUAAAGUUUCCUCUUUUUUUAUCUGUUCCCUUUUGCCCUUUAAACUGCAGAUUUUUUUUGGAGGUGGGGGAUUUGUCUGUCCCUUCUUGAUUAAAGAUCGAGUGGAAUUCUAGAUGUGGUCACUUUUUGUGUCAUAAUUUUAUUUUAUUUUAUUUUGCCCCCCUAAGUGUAUGCUUAGUUGUUGAGUAUAUAUUUGGGACCAUUAAAAAUUUUUUGAUGUAAUAUAAUCUCACUGUUGUGCUGGUACCUGUUUCACCCUGUGUAAUUUUGUUCUGCAUCACAAAUCUUGAUAUGUGUAGGAUUUUAUGGAAGAUGGUAUAGUUUUUAUUGAAAAAAAUGAUUCUUGCCACAAUGUGCAUACAAAAGCAAUACUAUUUUGUGACUAAAUAUUUUAUAUUAAACUUUACAUCAGCAACUGUCUUGAGAAACAAUUCAGGGAAAUAGGGUGGAAUU